GAUGGAGUCAGAGGACACACAAUCUCCGCAAGGACCCAAUUACAAUCCCUCGUGCGACGAGCUUGAGAUCGAUCAGGAGAAGCUCAAAGGAGACGCAAUCGGAGAAUCCUUGUACAGUGAGAGAUUUGUGCUGUCCACAUUGAUAAAACUGACGAAACUGGAGGAGAAUGAGGAGUUGAGUGAAGAUUUCGAGAAGGAUCUCUGCAUCUUGUGGGACAUGACCAUUGAAAAGGACGUGAUUCGCCUGCUGCUGUCGCACAACGUCCUGGAACUCUUCACGCAGAUCAUUCAGAGCACCGAGGAUGUCCGGCUCACAGAGAUUCUGGUGGGCAUAAUAGGGAAUAUGUGCAGUUUGCCGGAGACCAGAGACAAUCUUUGCGAGAAUCCUCAGGUUGUGGGGCCAAUUCUCGAGUUGAUCUCAUCCUUUGACCCGCCAACACUCGUCCAGCUUAUGAGACUGCUGCACGCGUGUCUGGUGUUCGAGAACACGGGCGACGAGACUGUUUGGUUCCAGCACUUCUGCAAUGUUGACGGAUUCGUGGAGAAAUUCGCCUUCAUACUCACCAAUUCCGUCAACAGAAGUCUCCUGUUCACCGCUUACGAGGCUCUAAACGCCAUCGCGGCGAAGUUUGCGAUGAUAGAAUUCCAGCCGGAGGAGAGCGUUCAACUGAAAGACGUCCUGUUGAAGCCCGAACUGAUUGCCGGCAUCAUCGAGGCGCUGCGACAACUUAUUCCGGAUGCGCAGAACGACCUAGAGAUGCUGGAUCUCACGGACAGGCGGAAGAAGAUCAUGAACCUCUUUCUGGACAUCAACGCCAUCCUGUCGCAGUACGACGAGGCGUCCAGGCGGUGCUACAGCGCUGUGAUGAAGGACAUGCACGAGUGCCUGGAGAGCAUCUUGUCGCCCUACUGUCACGCUGUGAAUCUCCUGCCGCCCACUGCCAAUGAACAGGGCGUGAUUGAGAACGUCACCGAGCUCCUGCUCGUCCUCAGCUCGCCCUUCCCGGGCAAGUGUUUCGCCCAGAUGAUCACCAUUUGGUGUGCGGUGGAAGAAUUCCGCGCGAAAGGCGACAGAGAGAGCGACUCCGAGUGGAGUUGCCGUCGAGAUGAGGUCAGCACUGAGGACAUUUCCACGACCAUCCUCGACUUCCUGGCGCGCAUUGUGAAGCACGCCACGCAGGAGGCGUUCGAGGACUGCCUCAAGGACUCCGCGAGAGACAAUCUGCGCAGGGUUCACGAGAAGCUCAUUGCAGAGGCUGUGGAUCUGGACACAAAGACUGUGUGCGAGAGAUUCGAGGCGCUCCUGGCCAAGGAGGCGAAUAACAAGUCCCAGGAUUGCUAA